GUUGAAUAUGGGAGGAAGAGAAGAAGAAGAAGAAGAGAGAGAGAUGGAAGGAGAAGAAGAAAAAGAAGAAGAAGAAGAGAAUGAGAACAGUAAGAAAGAGAAGAGAAGGGAGAGAUCGAUAAAACACUACAGCAGUACACAAAGGAUAUUGUUGGUUGGAGAAGGAGAUUUCUCUUUCUCUCUCUCCUUAGCUCAUGCUUUUCGCUCUGCUACUAACAUGGUUGCUACUUCUCUUGAUUCCCAAGAAUCUCUAGCGGAUAAAUAUAAUUAUGGAAUCGGAAAUGUGAGGGAACUGGAAGAAUUGGGAUGCCUGGUGUUGCAUGGAAUUGAUGCUACAAAGAUGAGUGAGCACUUCUUCUUGAGGACUCAAAGGUUCGAUAGGAUCGUCUACAACUUCCCUCACGUCGGCUUUCAGUAUCGUGAAGGCAGUAACUAUCAAAUCGAGUUGAACAAGCAGUUGGUGAAGGGCUUUCUCAAGAAUGCCAAGAUCCUCUUGCGAAAGAAUGGAGAGAUUCACAUCAGCCACAAGACUGGCGACCCUUACGACCAGUGGAAUUUGGUAAAGAAAGCUGAGAAAAAUGGCCUCAUCCUCAAGGAAAUAGCUGCGUUUUACAAGGGUGACUAUCCAGGUUAUCGCAACAAGAGAGCACAUGGUAACCUUCCCGAUGACCCCUUCAAUUUAGGUGAGUGCGUUACUUAUAAAUUUGGGUUCAAGACAUAACUAGCAGUGUUUUCCGUGGUUUGAUGUAAAUGCAACUCCCCUUUCCAACUUCAAGCUUAAGAUAAUGUGUGUUGGGUCUUUGAUACAUGAAAUGAGGAAUUAAAUGAUAGCCCCAGGUCUUGAGCCUGGUUCAGUUGGGUC